UAACAUUAAUUAUUAUUUUUUAAUAGAGGUAAAACCCAUAAAAAUGAUGUAAUACAGUUCUGUCAGAAGAAAAUUCAACAGUUAAAAACUAAACAAGUUACAGAUCGGGAAUCAUGCAUUUUAUUAUGGGAAUUAAUGAUUAGGCUUCUACGACAAAAUGGGUGUGUAGCAGGAACUGACGUAGCAGAAUUAUUAUUAAACAAUCAUGAAAUUUUAAAUCCAGUAUCCAAACGCUCAGCUGAUGUAACACAUGCAGAUGGUACCCUAUCAGAUAUAGGAGAAUCUACAAAACAAAUUUCAACUGCAGAUACACCAUCUCCAGAUGAAGGAAUAGUAGUAACACAUGAUAAAACAAUUUUAAAUUCAUCAGAAUCCAUUAAUAUGGAAAAAGUUACACAAAAAUUUAGAGAAUUUCUUUUAUUUGGUGGAAAACAGGAUGCUUUAGAAUGGGCUAUGAAGCAUAAUUUAUGGGGUCAUGCUUUGUUUCUUGCAUCAAAAAUGGAUCCACAUAAUUAUGCAAAUGUUAUGAAGAGAUUUGCAAAUUCUUUAGCACCUAAUGAUCCUUUACAAACAUUAUAUCAGUUAAUGUCUGGUCGACAGCCAGCUUCUGUUACGCGAAUAAUAGAUGAAAAAUGGGGAGAUUGGAGGCCACAUUUAGCUAUGAUACUUUCCAAUCCUUCUUCUAGAACUGAAGUAGAUUUGAGAAGUAUAACAACUUUGGGUGAUACCUUAGCAUCUCUUGGAUGUUUAUCUGCUGCUCAUUUUUGUUACUUAAUGGCUCAGCUGGAUUUUGGAUCUUACUCUAAUAAAUCAAGCAAACUUGUAUUAUUAGGAUCAAGUAAUUUAUUACCAUUUCAACAGUUUGCAUCUAAUGAAGCUAUACAGUGUACAGAAAUUUAUGAAUAUGCCCAAACAUUAGCAAAUCCAGAAUAUGUUCUUCCUCAUUUACAAGCAUAUAAAUUUAUAUAUGCUACUAGACUUGUUGAAUAUGGCUUCCCUCAAGAGGCACUUCAUUACUGUGAAAUGAUAUCACAAACAUUUCAUAAAUUAAAUGGAUGCAUAUCUUUAGAUCUAAUAAAUCAAGUAUACAAUUUAGCUGAUAAAUUAAAAUAUCAUGAUCCUCACUUCACCCAAGGUCAAGGUGAAUUAGAAGAACUAGGUGAUCCAAUUUGGUUAAUUAAUUUAAAGAAGUUAUGUAGUUAUACAGAUGAUUAUUCAUUAAAUUCUAAUGUGAACAAUGCUAAUAACAUUUCAAAUGUUGUUGAUUCAUCAGUUGAUACGUCUCAGUUUGUAAAGAAUAAUUCAGAAGCAGAACAAAUUUCUAGUCCAUUUUCUGAAACUCAAAAUUUUUCACAACAACAAUAUCAGAUGUGGAGAAAAGAAAAUAAUCAAUUUGAACUUCAAACUUCUACUAAUAUUCAGGAUUAUAAUGCCCAUCAAAUAAAUAAUGAACAACAAUAUCAAAUUAACUAUUCACAAUGGAAUCCAGAAAAACCAAAUGUGGAAGAAAAGUCACCGUUAGUUGAUUGUAUAGAAACAAAUACUACUGAAAUACCUUCUCAACAAAAUAUUACAAAUAUUGAUUAUUAUAGUGCUAGUCUUCAACAGGUGCCUACACCCAAUUCUUUAGCAUCUAGACAACAUACUAAUAAUUUGAAUAAUAGGUGGGAAAGAAGAGAUAGCAAUGUAAGUAAUCAUAGUGUAGGAUAUCAAACAAAACCAGCUACAAAUCAGUAUCAACCUGCAAGUAAAGCACCAAGUGGUGAUAAUAAGAAAACAGAAAAGAAAGAGGGUAAAGAAAAAACUCAGGUGGGUAGAAGUUGGCUAGGGGGUAUCUUUAGUAAAUUUCUACCUAAAGCCCCAAACCAAAUGAUUCUACCAGAUGAUAAAAAUCCUGCUAUUGUUUGGGAUUCCAAUAAGAAUUGUUGGGUUAAUACAGAUGAAACAGAUGAUAAUGAAAAUGAAAAACUUGCUCCUCCGCCAAAGGAUUCAGAUCUAAUAAAAAAAAAAGAAGAAUCAAGUGGAAAAGUAUUUAUGCUUCCACCUGGUCAAAACAAAUUUCAAAGACCAAAAGUGCGAGGUAUGAGACAGAAUUAUGUAGAUGUUCUAAAUCCUAGUUCAAAUAGAAACAAUUCAAUGCAAAGUGAUACACUGUCAAAAGGUGAAGAAAAACCCAUGCCAACAUUUUUUGUUCCUCAACAAGUUGCUCUUCCCGAAAGUGAAAUGCCUGAUUUUACGUUGCAGACACAGUCCUCUGCAAUCCCAUCUCCACCACCCUUACCUGAAGAUCCAUAUCAAACCGAAAAAUCUGCUGAGAGUAAUAAUUUUUCGCCAAUGAUGUUUGAUCCAGCAGAAUUUACCAGCAGAAACGGAAGUAAUGUACAGAGACCUGGAAUGGAAAGAUUAGCACGGAGAGCAUUUUUAACAUGAUAAUUUUUAUUAAUUCCUAUUUUUGUGAUUUUGUAAAUUGACAUUAUAAGCAAAUGAAUCAACUUUGAUGCUGCUUGUUUCAUCUCAAAAAUGGGUUGUUGAGUUGUACAUGUAAAUUCCGACUAAAUAUUUCAAUGACGUUAAGGUCGGAAAGUUUUUAAUUUUCUGGAAGAUGGGAAUUACUUGUUAUUUCACAAGGUGCACUUAUUUUGAUAUAGUUACAUGAAAUAAUAUAUUUAAAUUGAAGAUUAAAAUAGGUUCUUUUAAAAAAAAGUUGUAGUAAAGACGACAACUGCUAAUUGCAUAAGUAGGGACAAGGAAACUUGUCUCAAUUGUAUUCAUUUACUGUAAAGAUAACAUUUCUGAUAUUAGUUUUUCUAAUGGAUGUGGUAUAUAUUUGAAUAAAACGUUUGACGGGGAUUUUUUUUUCUCUCUAA